AUGGACACCAUUUCCAACUUUCUAACCGUCCUUCUUUCUUUCUUUCUUUCUUUAAAUUUACUUUUUCCUUCUCACGCUUUUUCCAAAUUAUAUUCACUUCUUUUCGUUUUUUCUCUCUUACAAAAUAUUUCUUCAUUUACUAAUAUUUUCCCCUCUUGCCGCCUUUAUGCUUUUCAAACUUUUCUUUGCUUUCAUUCUUUUUACUCUGUCUUUUCGCCUUUAAUUUAUCAUAUACUUCUAUUUUAUUAUUUUCCUUACCCCCCACACUGUCUCGCCUUUGGACAACUUUUCCCCCUUUCCUCUUACAGAUUUAACCCGCCUUCUCUUUUUUCCUUCCUGCUUUCUUUUUUCCCCUUCCCUUCCUUCCUCCCUCCCUCCCUUCCUUCCUUCCUGCCUUCCUUCUUUUUUUUUUCACACUUUCUUUUUUUUUCUGAUAUAUCUUCUGUUCAUUUUAUUAUCUAUCUAUCUAUCUAUCUAUCUAUCUAUCUAUCUAUCUAUCUAUCUAUCUAUCUAUCUAUCUCAGUCUGUUCAUUAUCUAGUCUGAUCUAUCUAUCUAUCUAUCUAUCUAUCUAUCUAUCUAUCUAUCUAUCUAUCUUUUCUAAUGUUUAUCCCGCUAAAAUAUAA